AUGAGCUACGACUACGAACCUCAGCGCACUCGCCGCUACGUGCGCGAGGAGCGUCGUGAGGAGAGAAUCGACCCUCGGUAUGCCGACGACCCGUACCUAAAGGUUUACCCCUCCCGCGAACUUGUUCCCCGCGGCAGAGAGGAGAGUGAUCUUUCUGUUGAGGAGGUUCGCCGCGACUUUCCCCCUCCUGGGUACAGAGACGCUCGAAGAACUCGCUCAGCGGAACCCGGCUACUAUGACGACUACCGGGGCUACGAUGAUCGGGACCGCGGCUAUUAUGAUCGCGACUACGAUCGCCGCGGUAAAAAGGCCAGCAGUGUCUACUACGAAGAGGAAGAGAGGUCUCGCAAGCGUGUGCUUAAUCAGCAAGAAAAAAUCCUGGCCGCUGUCGCCGGUGCCGCCCUGGCCUUUGGUGGCAAGGAACUCUAUGACCGACGCGAGGCUAAGGAGCACUGCGGCGAUGUCGAACGCAACUACCUGACGUCCGCUGCUCUCGGGGCUGCCGGAGCACUUGCGGGUUACCAAGGCGCUGAGUUUUACAACAAACACAAAGAGAAGGAAGAUAAAAACUCCACCUACGUUCUGCACCGUGGCCGUGAUGGAAAGGUCACGGAGUACUACUCUGACGAAGAGACGGAAAAGGAAAAGAAGGGUUCCAAAUCCUUCUUGGAAAACGCAUUGGCGGCCUCCGGUCUAGGAGUCGCAGUCAAGGCCCUUACAGGCGCCGCUGGGGGUCAUCAUGAUGACAGGCGUAGCGAUACCAGGAGCCGUCGAGGUAGCCCCGAUUCGAGAGGCUCUCGGUCUAAGUCUCGAGGCCCAGGCGGGGAAGCCGCCAACAAGAUGCAAAAGGCAGCAAUGGCAUCUCUCAUUGCCGGAGCUACUGAGGCUUUCCGCGUCGCCAAGGAACCAGGCGGCUGGAAGGGUGAGAAGACUAAGCGCAUUCUCACUGCGGCUGCCGGUGCUGCUACGAUCGAUGCCGCCCAGAGCGGCGAGAAGCAGAGCAAGCUUGGUUUGGCUGAAUCUGUCAUCGGAGGUCUUGUUGGCAACCGUGUUAUCAACGGAUCUAAGCGUAAUAUUGAGGAGGACCGCCGGACCGGUCGCAGCAGAUCCCGCUCUCGCGCUCGGUCAGAGGGUGGAGGCGGACCGGGAUUGGCUGCUCUGGCAACUGCCGGACUGGGUGCAUUUGGCGCAAAAAAGGCCAUUGAGAAUGCCCGUUCCCGCAGUAGGGGCCGAAGUGCCGACUCCUACGACAGCCGGGCAUCUAGCCGCUCCGGUCGACGUCAAAGAAGCAGAAGCAGAAGCCGCAGCGUCGUAGACUCGGCCCGCAAGAAGCUUGCCAAGAUUGGCAUCGGUAGUGACCCUGAGGAUAGGGAGAGAGACAGGCAUUCACGAGACGGCAGCAGCUAUGAUGACAGAGGUUCCCGUCGUGGCUUGAACCGGAGAUACUCGGACGAAUACGAUGAUGGUUACGACAGAGGCUACGGUCGCGGUGCAAGAGAUGCAUAUGACGAUGACAGAUCCUCCUACACAAGCCGACGUCGGGACCGCUCCCGACGUAGAGGUGCUCGAUCAAACGCAAGCUCCGAUUCUGAUCUCGGAGACUCGGACGAUGAUGAGAAACGCGCAAGGAAGAUGAGAGGUAAGCAAGUGAUUACAACUGGCCUUGCGGCCGUUGCCACCAUUCAUGCGGCGCAUGGUGUCUAUCAGAGUAUGGAAAAACGCAAUGCUCGACAAAAGGCUGUGAGGGAGGGAAGACUAAGUCCACAGGAAGCCAAGAAGCUCAAGACGAAAGCAAUGUUACAAGACGCUGCCUCUGUUGGAAUUGCUGCUCUUGGCAUCAAAGGUGCCUGGUCAGAGCUUAAGGAGGCGAAGGAGAUGUCCCAUGAAUGCAAGCAAUUUCAACAAGAGAAGGCACUACGGCAUCAGAAACGACUUGAGCGGCAGAGACGGAUCAACGGCGGCGGUAGUGGCAGAAGAGGCAGGGCUGACGACUGGUAUACCUCAUCUUCUCCUCGAGCAGAUCGGUAUGAUUACGGACCCGUCUAUAUGGAUGACAACCCAUACUCUGCCGGACCCUUGCCCGCACCUCCUGUCGGCUAUGACCCCAGGAGGUGA